GGUGGAUUAUGCUGAGCUGCCUGUUUGUUGCAAUUACAAAUGGCUCGAUCACGCCAUGAGUGUGCAAGAAGUGGGUGAUGAGCUCGUGGUAGCCGGAAUCGUUUACUGCUACAUAAGCUUUGGCCAACUGCCAAAUGGUGUCUUCGAGGCUGCCCUCCUUGUGAUCUGCUGGAGGUGGAGUGUACACUUUGUUGAUGGCUCCGAACUUAUCUCCAUCGGGAUGUGGCAAGCUCAAUUCGAUUGCCAGCGGCUUCAAUGUAUCGUCGCUUUGCAGAAUCCAGCUUGCUCCUCGGCGGGAACUCACGAAGAAGACUAAUGACAACAGGGUUGAGCGCAGCCAACAUUUCCCUUGCAAAUUCUUCAUCAGUUCUCCAAGCAGUCCUACUCUCUGCUCAAAAUCAUCAUCAACACCAAGUAG